AUGAAUUCGGUUUCACUGUUGAGCCGGUCCGGACCAAGGGAUCUGUCAAGUUUGAUGUCCCGGCUCCGUAUCGAGCUAAGGCAAGCCAAGCAAGGAAAGGAAGUCCUGAGUCAAGUCUUAGCAAACCGAGGGCGGCAAUACUUCGAGGUGGAUGUGUAUGCGGCGGAGGACAAUCCAGCUGCCGCUUUCAUAAGUCGUCGACCGCCAAAUGCAUCACCUUCCUUACCAGGUGGACUUCAGCAAAUCAAGACUUGGCUUGGUAAAUGCGAGCAGGAGCAUGGUCAGGCCUGCGGCUCUACCACAUCUCGCCUCCCUAAACGUGUUAUUGAUGUCUCGGACCUUAGCACUCUCCGCCUCGUGGAGACAACCAAAGACUCGAGAGGCCGCUACGUGGCACUGAGCUAUUGUUGGGGAAAGGUACAAGAAUUUCAGACGACGACAGAAACAAUACAAGAAAAGCUUGAUGGUUUCGCACCCUCUGCUCUCCCUCAAACACUCCAAGACGCUGCCACGAUUACGAACGCACUUGGCAUUGAGUUCCUCUGGGUGGACUCUAUCUGCAUAUUGCAAGACGAUCAAGUGGAUAAGAUGACACAAGUUAAUCACAUGGCUGAAAUUUACAAGCAUUCCACCGUGACACUUUCAGCUAGCAAAGCGGAUGAUGCCAGUAAAGGCUUCCUUCUAGACGAAGCGAAUCCUGACACUGGCUUGUGGAAAAACCUUGUCCCUCUGGCCUUUCCCUUGCCUGAACCAACUGCGAGCUGUAUCGACGACGUCUUUAAUAAACCACGCACUGUGUUUGGAACCAUCUGGCUAUGUGACGAGGAUCGGGGCAUGAUGGAGUCCUUUCGCAGCCCCGUUGACAGGCGUGGUUGGUGUCUCCAGGAGAAACUCCUAUCCAGCAGACUCUUAUCAUAUGGGAGAUGGCCGACCUGGAAAUGUGCUCUCAGCAUGCAGAGCGAUGGGGGAUUCCACCCACUCCCGCGAGAUACACAGCACGAGCGCCGUCUCUCCACCUUGCUCUUGGAACAUGGACAUCAUCCUUCAGAGAAUCCGCUCGGUCUUCACACGGCUCAUCAAAUACUGCAGUGUUGGUACAAACUGGUCAAUGAAUACACGCAGCGUGAAUUCAGUCUGAAAUCCGAUCGUCUCCCUGCCAUAGGUGGUAUAGCUUCUGAAAUAUCUCGCGUCCUUGGGAUGACAUAUGUGGCUGGUUUGUGGCAGACGAAUCUCUUACAUGACCUCAUGUGGACGGCUAAGGUAAAAGAGUGGCUGAAUCGAGUCGAGGGCUACGCCGGACCUUCUUGGUCUUGGGCUGCGCUUGACUGUCCGGUCACCUAUGACGAAGUCACGGAAGACUCCAUUGCCAUGGCUCGCGUCAUUCGCCAUCAGCUCGAAGAGGCUCCGACUGGCCCAUACGGUGAGGUGCAAGGUGGUAGCAUUGACCUCGAAGGUUCUUUCACUCGAGUCGAAAAGGCUGAUGUGGUUUCAAUUCUCCAAGAUCAAAGCAUGGCGCAGCCUCCGCCCAGAAACAACAAUGCGCUAGAGUGGUAUCGUCAGAUUAUGGAAUUCGUCAACAAUCAACCAAAGAACAAUACUGCCAAAGAGGAAAACUGGAUCGAGACCCUGCCUGACGAGAUGUUCGCAAUCAUCACCCUUACUAGGGACUGGCGGAUUGUGCAUGAAGAACGCAUGACUGGAACCUUUUUCUCUGGCUUGUUGUUGCGUAAAAUUGACGGCGGUUACGAAAGGAUUGGCAGUUUCAUGAACGAGAACCGCGAAUGGAUGGGCCGAACUGUGGAUCUCCGACAGAGGCAGAUUGUGACACUUUUGUGA